AAAAGCUUGCAGAUAGGACUUUUACGUACGUUCACUGGAAACCGGAAGUGUGUCCCAUAUGUAAAUAAGACCGAGUGGAAACAAGUUGAACAGAACCCUAAACACUGAGUGCAUCGCUUACAUCUGGCCGAAAGUUUACCCUCCGACUUCCCUGGAGCUACAGUAUGGACAAAAUGGAGCAGCGAUUGGCAGCGUUUCGAGCUCGUAAAAAAGCGGAGGCCGCGAGUAAAAUCGACAAUAACAAGCCACCCGAAUCCGCGGAGACGCAACCUGUACCUGAGUGCACAACAAACGAGAAGUCGGCAAACAAGGAAACGGCGCCGACUUCUUGUAGUGUCCCUACUGCCACGACAACAAGACAUCCGCAUGACUCGGACUGGUUGCUGGACAGCGCUCUCGGAAGGUGGCUUGGUGUUGACCGUUUGGCGUUCACUAAUCUGACUGUGCUGAAGUUGCUUCUGUGGUUGGUACUUCUCGGACUGUUCUCGGAGCUGGAAUUCGGACUGCCAUUCUUUCUAAUUUCCCUGUUCUACUGGCUGUACGAGGGGUUGAGAGCCCCAGCAGAGCGCCGUCCAGGUGAAAUGAGCGCUUACUCCGUGUUCAACCCUGACUGUCAGCCCAUCCUUGGCACUCUGACAGCUGAACAGCUGGAAGGGGAGAUGGGCUACAGGCCCAUGGCCAACAGGGCAAACAGAUGACCCAGGGAAACCCAGGGCUGAGACUUUCUGUAGGCUACAGAUGCCAAAGUGGACAAGUGAAGUGAGAUGAUGUCUGACUGAUAACCUGAAUAAUAACUUCAUAAUAUCUGAUUAAUAACUUUGAAAUCUGGUGCACUUUCACACUUUGUUUUUUGUUUUAUUUUUAUUUUAUUAUUAUCAUUAUUUUUUCCAAAAUGCUGCAAUCAAUAAAAUAAUGAAGUUGGUUCCA